UUGUUCAAACAUUAAAAGUCUUGGAACCUUUGGCUAUUUUUUUGAAAAGCUUACAUGACUCAUUUUAGCUCCACUUUUCUCUAAAUUUUUCCUUCGAGUCCCACCACUCUAUUCCAAGCCUUGAGAAUAACUAGGAAGAUCUGUUGGUGGUCCUUCAUUGGAGCUAUUUGAAGAUUUUUGAAAAGCUACAAAGUUGCAAGCUCUCCAUAUAUAGUGCAAAGUUUGGGAUGUUUGGAGCAAACUCAUCAAAAGAAUUUUGAAGGAAAUCAGUGAAAGAUAUGAAGGGGCCUGUCUUCAUCACUUUCCUCUCACUUCUGUUGCUUGCAAGUAUCAUAGAGGCAAGUCGAGAGCCGGGGAGAAACGAGGUAAAAGAAGAGCCAUUUCCAGAAGCAACUCAUUUCGAUUCAAAGCCACUUCAUGCUGAAGGGGAAAAGCCUUUUAUUGAGGAUAUAAAGCCUCAACCAAACACUCGUGAUCUGUAUUGGUAUGGUGAUAAUGUAAAAUCUCAACCAAACAUCCAUGAUCUUUACUGGUAUGGUGACGAUGUAAAGUUACAGCCAAACACUCGCGAUCUCUACUGGUAUGGUAAGGAUGCAAAGCUUCAAUCAAACGCCCGCAACCUCUACUGGUAUGGUAAGAAUGUGAAGCCUCAACCAAGCAACCGCGACCUCUACUGGUAUGGUAAGGAUGCAAAGCCUCAACCAAACACUCGUGAUCUCUAUUGGUAUGGUAAGGAUGUAAAGCCUCAACCAAACAUUCGCGACCUCUAUUGGUAUAGUAAGGAUGAAAAGAUUAAAAUGGUAACUGAAACAACACACAACUCUGAAGAGAAUAACUCGAUGGAUGAGCAACAUAAUGCUGAUCAUUACUCUUCGGAGCACAUGAACAACAACAACCCUACAGAAAUGAUUUUCUUCACCAUGGAAGACUUGAAACUAGGCAAAAAACUCCCAUUCUACUUCCCCACGAAAGACAGCUUUCCACACUAUUUUCCAAAAGAAAUAGCAGAUUCAAUCCCCUUCUCACUCAAACAACUCCCUCAAAUCCUCAGCUUGUUUUCCCUCCCCUCAGGGUCCCCCCAAGCCCAAGCUGUGGAAGACACACUGUGGCUUUGUGAGCAGCACCCCAUGAAAGGAGAGAUCAAAUUAUGCCGCACCUCCUCAAAAUCCAUGUUGGAUUCAGCACGCUCCAUCUUGGGCUUGCCCAAAAACUCCCCUAUGAAAAAUCUCACCACUUCCCAUCUCUCAAAUCCCCACACCAUAUUCCAAAACUACACUCUCUCCCAAAUGCCAAAGGAAAUCGCUGUGCCUAAGUUCUUCGCCUGCCACUCACUGCCCUAUCCUUAUGCAGUUUACUUAUGCCAUUCCCCCGGGGGAGACGCCAAGGUGAUGCAGCUUCCGUUGGAAGGCGACAAUGGCGACCGUGUCGAGGCUAUCGCCGUUUGCCACAUGGAUACGUCUGAUUGGAGAUCUAAUCAUCCCUCGUUCCGUGUGCUCAAAACCAAACCAGGGACCCCCGUCUGCCAUGUUUUUGCUGAAACUGAUUUUCUGUGGAUGUCUCCUUGAGUUUUAUCACGUUACCAUGUGUCUUUGUGGAAAUAAAUAAUAUGAGCACAGCUCAAGCAGUCAUGUAUCUUUAAUCUUAUCAAGUUAUCAUCGUAAUAUUAAAAAAAAAGUAUGUUGUGUAUU